AAAUGAUACGUAUGCUUGCAGCUGUAGCAUACCAAUUCCAGUCUUGUGUUCCGUGUUUGUUUUGUUUUUGCCCGUGUGCCGUUUAAUUUGUGUGUUUAUUUAAAUUCUGAUUAUUAUUUAAUAAAUAGUGAGCGCCUAGCGUCUCACAUUUACUCCGUACAAACUGCGUUGUGUGUUGCAUUUAACGUCGCCCACACACGCCAUCCUUACCACAUAGAUCUGGACGCAGAAUACAGAUUUAAAGGGUGAAGCGAAGUUUUGCUGGUUUCCCACCUACAGUACUGUAUUCAGUAGCUGGGGACAUGUGUCUUUGGGCUAUAGUCAUUGCUCUGAUGUCAUGUGAGCAGCAGAGGCAAGAACUAGUGGAAAGAGACUGUGAUUCUGUCAGCGCUGUACUGUACAUCUAGCGGUAAGGUGCUGAAGAAUGGUAAUUUUUCUUACGAAAAUCAACAAAGUUUCUGACACAUCUUCCAACAGGCUGGGAAAAAAAACACUACGCGGUUCUUCUAAGAUUAAAACCUACCAGUGCAGAAGAAGCAUUUUUGUGAUAAUACCGUGCCUACAGAUACUGGCGCAAUGGACACACCAGUGGAAAUUUUUAAAGAAGAUAAAUGCUUGUCAGGCUUCUCAGAAGAGUGUCUUACCAACAACUCUUGGCUGUCUGGCUAUUUUGACGUUGACAAUUUCACUUACGAUGAAAACCAGUGGACAAACCACACCAUGUCUCCAAUUAUUCCAAUUAUCACUGCUGUUUACUCGGUGGUGUUUGUGGUGGGCUUGCUAGGUAACUGCUUGGUAAUGUAUGUUAUUAUCAGAUAUACAAAGAUGAAAACGGCUACCAACAUCUACAUUUUUAAUCUAGCUGUGGCUGAUGCUCUUGUUACCACGACAAUGCCCUUUCAGAGUACGGACUACUUGUUAGGUACAUGGCCUUUUGGGGAAGUAGUCUGCAAAAUAUUUAUUUCAAUAGAUUACUAUAACAUGUUCACCAGCAUCUUCACAUUGACCAUGAUGAGUGUCGACCGGUACAUUGCUGUUUGCCACCCUGUAAAGGCCCUUGAUUUUCGCACACCAGUAAAGGCCAAAAUAAUUAACGUUUGUAUCUGGAUACUCUCAUCAGCAGCUGGUAUACCUGCACUGAUACUGGGCAGCACACAAACUAAUCAUGGUACCACAGAAUGUGCUCUGCAGUUUCCAGAACCGUAUGUGUACUGGGACACCCUCAUGAAAAUCUGUGUGUUCAUUUUUGCAUUCGUUGUGCCAGUUCUCAUCAUUUCAGUGUGCUACACUUUAAUGAUCCUGCGGCUGAAGAGCGUCCGACUGCUGUCUGGCUCCAGGGAGAAGGACCGAAACUUGCGUCGCAUUACAAAGCUGGUGUUAGUGGUGGUGGCUAUUUUCAUCAUCUGUUGGACUCCCAUACAUAUUUUCAUUUUGGUCAAGGUAUUAACAAAUAUUCCUGAAACCACAUCUGUGAUGGCGGCCUACUUUUUCUGUGUGGCGCUUGGCUACACCAACAGCAGCCUGAACCCCAUUCUUUACACAUUCUUGGAUAAAAACUUCAAAAGAUGUUUUAAAGACUUCUGCAUCCCUUCAAAGCAAAAAACAGAUCGCCAGAGUGCCAGCAGGGUGAGGAGUACUGUCCACAAUCCAACUUAUCAUCAGGAAAAUGCUGAUGGAACCAGGAAACCACUAUGACUAGCAGUGGAAAUGUCCUCUUUCUCCCCUCACGGAACAGAAGAUUCACGUGAUCUAGGACUAACUCAGAUAACUUCUGCACUCUAAAUGAUACUAGUAGCAUCCCCCACUGUUCACUGAGAAUAAACCUCACGUGUCAAAAUGAACAUAAAAGGUGGAUAAAAAGUGUUAAUCCAAAAAUGAAUUAAUUUAAAUUCAAUGUUUGUGACAUACCAAGAUCAGUUUCUGAAUGUUGCAAAGCUAUACAGAAUGCUGUUAUGUAACCGUUUUAAUUCCAGCAACGGAGUUAUAUUUAUCUUGCUAUUCAGACAUUUUAAGCCUCUUUCACACUGGCAUGCUCUACCCGGGUCAGAAGCAACCUGGGUCAGGAUCCGCUGUCAUGUGGGUCGGCUACGCGAUUUCACACUGCUUUUGAUAAAGCAGGGCUGACCUGGGUAACAGACGCAAGUAAAUAAUGUGCGUAUCAAUUCCCUGGAAGCAGCUUGUUACAGACACUUCCAUCCAAGCUUCUCUGGAUUGAACCAUCGGCCCAAAUGUUGAUUAGAGCAAAUUAUUUGUUAUCCCUGCUGCAAUCUGGUUGAUGGUGUGUCUCAAGAAACAAAAAUAUGGCUAAACAGAAUAAACAAAAACGUUCCUUGUGGAAGUGAAAUCUUCACGCAGGCGUGGCUGUUUGUUAUUGCGUCGGCCGUCAUGCAUUUUGUUUCGCUCAACCCGGGUCAAAGCGUGUCAACCCACAUCCUGAGGUGGGUUGAUGGGACCCGGGUUAACCCGGGUACGACCCAGGUACGUGGUUUCACACUAUGCAGGAUUGUAACCCGGAUAGCCAGAACACGGGUCAGGACCCAGGCAGAGGUGCCAGUGUGAAAGGGGCUUAAGUUAACAUUUUCCUAUUCCAGGAUCUCCUCACUACAUAGGAUAUCAUAUUUUAAUUUUUGUUUGUUUGUGGCCCCUUGUUGUUUUUAUCAUUCGUAGAAUAUUAUAUAGGGUGCUGUGAAAGACUGAUAUCCAUUUCAGGAAGUCAAAGCGGCUGCACACGAGUGGCUUUGACCUGACCUGGAGUGGGUAAAAAACAGCUUGUGUCUUACACAGCACCAUAUACUAAUAUAUAUAUAUAUAUAUAUAUAUAUAUA